GCGCAUGCGCUUUGAUCCCCUCCUAUUUUAUUAAAAAAAAUAAAAAUCAGACGAAAAUGGCUACCUUUCUCAGUUAAACCUCUGUCCUAGAAGAUUAAAUAAAGAUGAAAUACCCGGCACAUAAUGUAAACCAGGAUCAAGUCAAUAUCCAUGGAAUAUAGGGCUUAGAAUGCAUCCGUUUGUAUCAUGAUGUUGUGGCGGUCAAGAAUGGAAAAUCUAUCCGUUUCAUAUUUAACCCAUUGCAUUCCAUGAUCCGCCUACAAAUUAGAAAAUGAUGCACCAAGUCACUAGCAGCAGCAAUGACUAUUGCAUGAGUGGCCUUGCAGAGGAAUGUCAACACCCAACCAGCCACUUUGACUUAUGUAGCUCGCAAUCCAACAAAUUCUACCCUUCGCCCCCACCCCCUACUCUACAGCUGCCUCGCCCUAACCUACCCACUCUUCCACAGGGCAUGCACAAACCCAUGCCGUGUCAAAUGCAACAAGAGACCCAGAAUGAGUUUCACGCUCAGACAGUGAGGAUCCGAGGGCCCAGUGAGACUCCAACUGGGCCAGAGAGCUCCAAGAAAAAGAAAGGAAGCGUUGUCAAAUCCGGCCGUAGAGGGAGACCCUCGGGGACCACUAAAUCAGCCGGUUACCGGACAAGCACCGGACGUCCGUUGGGGACCACAAAAGCUGCGGGGUUCAAGACCAGUCCCGGCAGGCCUCUGGGUACAACCAAAGCAGCAGGCUACAAGGUUAGCCCUGGCAGGCCUCCUGGUAGCAUCAAGACUCUGGCUCGGCUCAAGAAACUGGAGUACGGGAGCUGUGAUGGUACCAAGAAACUAGACUUCAGUAACUGCGGCGGCGGAGCCAAGAAACUGGACUAUGCCAGCUGUGAAGUGGCACCUUUCCCUUACAACCUGAUGCAGAAACGAGGCUUGCGUGAGCCUACUGGCAAAGUGGAGGAAACUAACGAGUAGUUAUGCCUGCGUCUCUAUCUAUUGCCUAGAACUCAUAUUUGAGUGCUUGUCCUAAAGGGUGUUGAUGACCAGAAGGGACUCAUGUAGCCAAAAUAUGGGUUGACUUUUGGAUAGGUCUGUCACUGGCUACCUACGAAUGGCUCCUCCUCUCUUCAUUGUACUGAUAUCGUCACCAUUUAACCCUAACCCUAACCCUUUUGGAUAGGUCUGUCACUGGCUACCUACGAAUGGCUCCUCCUCUCUUCAUUGUACUGAUAUCGUCACCAUUUAAUCUGUCCCUAUCCAAAGACUGAUAUCGCUCUCUUUUUUUUUUUCUCAAUACGUUUAUCUUAUUUUACAGAGAUUGCAUGAUGAGACAUAUAAUACAAUCAAUAUACUUUAGCUAAACAGGAAUGAGAGAAAUAUCCUACUAUUCGUCAUAAUCUGUUCAAAUGCUAGCUGUCUGGAGAAGGGUUGUUGUUUUGUUCAAACGUUUAAAUAUCUGAUCUGUUUUCUUCAUCCGUUUAUGUUAUGCUCUGAUAUAAUGUGCUUUAUUAUUAGUAGUCUAUUUGUCCUUCUGAUGUUUUCCACAUUGAAAAAUGCAUCGGGAGUAGAAAACAACACAAAACAAACUAGCAAAACGUGAAUCUUAAGCUUCUCCCAGAGUGCAUGUGGCUGUGUUUGUGUCUUUUUGUGUUGUCUGGUAUGACAUGUAUUUCAUUUGUGUUUAUAUGCAGCGUUGUGAGACAUGGGACUGGAUUCAAUGUGGUAUAACAUUGUUAUAACACAGUUUCUGUCAUUUCGUUUGAACUGUGCAUCUGAAAACCUCUCAUAAUACUUCUUUGACGACAUAGCAAUGGUUAUUUCUAACACUUUGUAAAUAUUAAUAGUUUUGUCUUCUCAAUGUAAUGUAUUAUUCUUUGUUCUUUACACGGUAACUUAUCACUUGAUUAAAGCAAACCCAGAAUGAAA